UGCCCUUGAGAUUCAUUUGGUUUACUUGGAUAAACCCUUCAGCUGAGAAAAUAUCUCAGUUCUCCAUGUGUGCGAACGGACUUUGUUCUUGGGAAGCCAUUAAAAUACAGUCUCACUUUCAGCUCUCAAUUAGUUGUGAGCAUUUUCUGGAGUUUCAACUGAUGCUUUUUCUUCCCCACUGAGAAUGCUUUGUUUGAGGUAUUCUCCGGUAAUUUUUACUACUAGAAGACAGCAAACAAUUCAGCUCCCCAAGAACUAUAAUCGUAACGUUGUGGUGUGCGAAGCUAAAGGUCCACGACCAAGGUAUCCUCGAGUGUGGAAAACAAAAAAGAAAAUAGGGACCAUUUCCAAGUCACUGAAGCUUGUUGAGUGUAUAAAGGGAUUAUCAAAUGUCAAGGAAGAAGUCUACGGAGCGCUUGAUUCUUUCAUUGCAUGGGAACUGGAGUUCCCUUUGAUUACAGUGAAGAAAGCAUUGAAAAUUCUUGAGAAUGAAAAAGAGUGGAAAAGGAUAAUUCAGGUGACAAAGUGGAUGUUGAGUAAAGGUCAAGGAAGAACAAUGGGAAGCUAUUUUGCGUUGUUAAAUGCCUUGGCUGAGGAUGGAAGACUUGAGGAAGCUGAAGAGCUUUGGCUGAAACUAUUCUCUCAGAAUCUGGAAAGCAUGCCUCGUAUUUUCUUUCAGAAAAUGAUAGCCAUAUACUAUCACAAGGAGAUGAAUGAGAAGAUGUUUGAGAUAUUCGCAGACAUGGAAGAGCUUGGUAUUAGGCCAACUGUGCCAGUUGUCACAAUGGUGGGAAAUGUUUUUCAGAAACUGGGAAUGUUGGACAAGUACCAGAAAUUGAAAAAGAAAUAUCCACCCCCAAAGUGGGAAUAUCGUUACAUAAAAGGAAAGAGGGUUAAAAUAAGAACAAAAGAUCUUGAUAAAUCUCAAGAUCAUGAUGUUGAAAGUAAGUCUGAAGAAGUAGAUGAGUCUGAGUUCGAUGAGAACUCACAAGAUCAAGCAGAUGAAGUUGAUGAAGAUUAUGUAGAGCAAAUCAAAGACGUUGAAGAGUGUGAACCGGGUGAAAUAUCAAUUGUAUCUAGUGAAACAAGGGAAUCCUCUAUGUCAACUUAAUGAUUUGAAUUCCUAUAAAGUUAUCAUUCGUUUGACAUUUA